UGUAUAUCAAAACUUGAUUCGAGAAUUCAAUAAAUGAAGUGUCACUCCAGUCUUUAGAUCAGACAAACUGGUAUACGGUAUAGUAAUGUUUGGCAAGUUUGUUCAGAUACUGCAGACAUGGCUGAUACUUGUAGCCGUAACGCUCAUCGCAAACAUGUGUAUGUCGUCCUCAAAAGUGAAGACAAGAGUUGCGGCGGCAAAUGCGGCAGACGAGUGUCAGGUAACCCCGGUCAUACACGUUCUGCAAUAUCCGGGAUGUGUACCGAAACCGAUUCCUAGUUUCGCAUGCACAGGAAGAUGUGCGUCUUACAUACAAGUUUCUGGAAGCAAAAUUUGGCAAAUGGAGAGAUCUUGUAUGUGCUGUCAAGAAUCUGGAGAACGUGAAGCUUCAGUAUCACUAUUUUGUCCCAAAGCUAAACCGGGAGAGAGGAAGUUUAGAAAAGUAACAACAAAAGCACCUCUAGAGUGUAUGUGCAGACCAUGCACGGGAGUUGAAGAAAGUGCGGUCAUUCCACAAGAAAUUGCGGGAUAUGCUGAUGAAGGUCCACUCUCAAAUCACUUUCUAAAAUCACAAUCUCAGUGA